CAAUUUAUUAUCGGAAGUGUUUGUAAAACGGUAGGAUGCAUUAUUGCGCGCUCGCCGGAACGUGUACGAGCGGAACUGGAAUAACUUGAUGCUCAUUCGACCGUUUCCAUUCAUUUUAUCCGCGUUAAGUAACCUUCUCUCGCAGUAAAAAAGCCAUGCAUGUAACACCCCUCACGUUUUCCAUUUCUCUUGAUAAAGUUCCGGUUUGUUUUUCGACGAUACCAGUUGUCUCGUUAUACGUUUAUUAAGAUCAAGCGGUUAAUGUUACCAGCUUCUUAAGUUUCCUGUUUACUGUUAUGAGAAUUUCUUCUACUAAAUGCACGAUCAUCUACAGUAUUAUUUACUGUUAUCAAAGAUCGAAUUAUUCAAUCCUAAAGUCGAUAGACUUCUUUACGGUGGAUAAAACAAUACACGUUGCAAAACGUGUACGCGAGCGUUUGUUCAAGCAAUAAGGAAAGAAAGAGAAGCGAUUUCUCGCUCGUUCACGAACGACGUUCACCGUCCUACCUGUUCAUUCGUCUCCCACUUGGCUUACGAAGGAACUCUUCUCCGUUGCUUGGGAAGUAAAACUCCCAGACGUUUUCCGAUCUCUAACAGUCCCGAACUCGUCCUCCUCAACGUGUGAACUGGUCCUCUUCUUUUCGACUCAUUCUUCUUCUCGAGAGUAAAUCAUCACUCCAGAGUUCUUCACUUUUUAAUUGACUCUACAAAUUUGUCGACGAUAGUUCAUUGAAAUAGUGCAGUUUAAUUGAUAAAACGGGGAGAGACUUGGUGGGGUGUCGAUGUUUAGUGAAGUUUAGUUAGAAAAGGAUACCUCGAGUGCUUUGAGAUCGAGUAGUAAUUGGUAAUCGGCGAGGAAGAAGAUAGAGCGAUGAGGGGUGUUUUGUGCUUUCUAUGGAUCGCUACGAUCCUCAGGAUAGAGGGUUUCGUGGCUGCUGAAACUGAUUCGAUUCUCCCAGGAACUGAUUUAUCUCAGUUUCAACAGAGUCAUGAUCCUCGACCUCGUCUCUCGGCCUCUCAACAGGCACAGAUCUUAAGCGACGUUCAGCAGCAUCAGCAACGAUACCGUCGACCACAAGAUGUAUCCCACGCGCAGAGAGCUUCGUUUUCGAACCUGGAAGCUGGAACCAAGCCUCAGAACAGUGCCUCCUACUCGUCUCUGGCUAAGUACAAGGUGGAUCGUGCGAAACAGCAACAAUUACAGCAACUCUUGCAACAGCAGCAGCAAGUUCAACAGUUGCUGCAAGAACAGCAGCAGAAGAUAGCCCAGCAGCUCAGCAGUCCAAACUACCAGACUCAGUACCAACCCAAGCAGCAGCAACAGUUUCAAUAUAACAAUCAGUAUCAGAAUGCUAACAGCCAGUUUCAAAAUCUUCAGCAAGAUCUGUCGCAGCCGCUUUUCAGUGACAGACAAACUCUGCAAUUGCAAGAGUAUUUGCAGAAGCAACGAGAAUUAGAAUUAUUACAAAAGCAAAGACAGCAAUUGUUACUAGAGCAGCAAGAACUGAGGAGACAGCAGGAACACUUGAGACUGCAACAACUGCAAAAAUUAACAUCUACCACUCCCUUGCCGAUUCCUGUCACUUCACCGAGUACAAUUGCUGUUAGUACCACUGUCUCUCCUCUUCUUGUGUCUUUGCCAACGGCGAGGAAGAUCACCCCGUCCGAAACCGAAUUAUUUUUGAAGGCUAUAGCCACGCAUCAGAAGAAGUUCUCCAGCACUACACCUAUUCCACCCACGACCAGCGCGAAGACCACAACAACUAGCAGACCACCUGUAAUAACUCCUGUCUCUACAAGAGCAACUUCAGGCAUUCCGGAUAAUCUUCUGACUCUGAUUCAGGAGCAAGAGAACGAAUUCGUUCAACAGGGUAAACCGAAACCUCAGAUUAAAGUGAUAUAUCAAACGGAGAAGCCGGUUACUUCGAAGAGUGUAACAACGACUAAGGCUAGGUCGAGUUCCUUAGGAUCAGAGAGAGAUAUAUUACUGAAACAAUUGAAAUUAGCUCUAGCUCAGUCCAUUGACGACGACGUUAGGAACAUUAGUACAAGAGACAUUAUAUUGCCUAAUGGGAAGAAGAUUCAAUUAAUAGAUUCGUCUAGUAGUUUGACUUCUAAUUUACCCACUGACGGGUCAACUCUGACCACUUCUACGUUAGCACUGACCACUUCUACUACUAUUAAACCUCCAAAGGCUAUUCUUGAAGAAUUGACCAAAGGAGUAUUGCCUCCUGGAGCUGAUUUCGAAGUUAUUAGACAGAAGAGCGAUGGGAAAUUGGAAGAAGUUGGAAAAGUACCGAUUCAGAGUUUACCUGCGAAGAAGGUAACGUUCGUGGUCCUGGAGGAACAGCCUGAUGGAAGUUACAAGGUGCAAGGUGUGAAGGGAAACGCGGAGAAAGAGGGAGGAGAUGUAGAAUCGAUUGUAGAGAAGAUAAAGAAAGGAGAAUUGAAACUCCCUCCGAAAAGUUCGAGUUCCACUACUGUGCCUUCGCUUCAGAAUUUUCCGUCUAGCUUAAAUCCCAAUGCGGUUUCGGCCAGAGGCGUUGGAUCUACGACGGCCAGACCGACUACCGUUCGAUCCACCUCCGCUUCGUCCAGAUACAAUGACAACAGACCGACGGAUUAUUAUCCUCACGUCACGAUCUCUCCGAAUUCCGUCUCGACUACCGACAAAUACUUGUCCUCCGCAUCGAGCGUCACCAGCCACGUGUUCAACUCCGUGGCUACUACCCCGAAGUCGAGCUCUUUCAAUCAAGAUAACAAUCGCACGAAACAUCCAAGCGCAACGAGGGGUCACUUCAUCCCAACCAUGGCUCCGGUGAACGAGAUCAUUACGACAACGUCUGGGUCCGUACCGACGACUUUCUCGCACCAGACGAGCAAUUCCUACGUUCACUUUAGCAUCAGGCCCACCGACGAAACGCACAAGACCACCGCGAGGCCCUCGACCACGUUGCGUAACGAAAAUAUAAUUUAUCAGGAUGAGACCACCUUACAACCGGUCACUGAAUUACCCUCGACGAGGAGCUUGUCACAUGAGAGCUUAGGCACGUUGUUGAGGAGGGAGGGACUGUACGCGAUGUCUAAAUAUUUGAGGCAAUCGGGAUUAGACAACGUGUUGAACGAAACUGGACCGUAUACGAUUUUCGUACCAACGGAUAAGGCCUUCCGAACGCUUUUGGUACAACUCGGUGGUCCAGAAAAAGCGGAACAGAAAUUUAGGGACAAUCCUCGACUUCUUAGCGGGCUCUUGCUGCAUCAUGUGAUUCCUGGAGCCUUCAGGAUCGAUUCGUUGCAAGACGAAAUGACUGGUAUCAGCUUGGCCGGAACACAGUUAAGAGUGAACGAGUACGCGAUGCACGAUCAUGAGUGGAACGAUGUAAAAGUGACUACGAUAAAUGGCGCAAGGGUGGCCUCGAAUAAACGGGACAUCGAGAUACCACAGGGUGUAGCCCAUGCCGUGGACAGGGUAAUGUUCCCGCUUCCGGUUGGCGACUUAGUCCAGACGAUGCAGGCCGACCGCGAGAGGAGAUUCACUACUUUCCUAAAAAUGCUUUUCGCCUCCGGUCUUCAAGACAGUCUAUCAGGACCAAAAACUUUCACCGUGUUCGCUCCGACGGACUCCGCUUUCGAAGCAGCCGCGAAGGAUGGUGCACCGGUUUGGACGGAAGACGACGGGGCAGAAGCUGCGAAAACUAUCAUUUCGAAACACAUAAUCCCGUCGACCCUUUACACAGCUGGAAUGAGAUAUUAUUUGCAGAAGGACACUCUUCGUCCCCAAUCGCCAGUUCAUGUUCACAAGAAUGGAGGUCGAGUACGAGUGAACGAAGCGUAUGUCGUAACGCAUAAUGUACCUGCAACAAAUGGUGUUCUGCACGCGAUUGACGGUGUGCUAUAAAAGAACCAUAGAUCGUUUUUAAAAUCUAUGCCUCUCGCAUAAUAAUCCUGAUCCCAAAAAUUAUUUUAGUUCAAGAGUGACAAUACGAAUUUGUUGAAAGGAAAGGUAAUUAUUUUAUAAAUUAUUUUUUCUGUCGUUCUCUAAAUUAAAAUUGGUAUAAAGAGAGAGUCUCUGCGUAUGAAUAAGUUAGAGGAUAAUAAAACGUUACGGUUUGCCAUAGUUGCAAAGAUGCACUAAGAAUUUGAUAGUGUACACACAGAAUAAUAAUAAUUUAUAUAAUGUGUAGAUGUGUGUUGGUCGAUCGUAUCGAUAUUGUAAUUGUAUAGGAUGGUAACAUAAGAUCACAGACGAGAUUUACGAAUAGGCCUAUCAUCUUCUCUCGCGUUCGAAAAAUUAAGAGUGAUUUGAAGGUUCUCUGUUCGUAUAUAGUGAUCGAUGGACCCUCAGCGCGUCAAUUCAGACAGGCACCAUUUAAAAGUAAUUUUAAUUAAAUCGUAGUAUCUUGGUAGUUCGGAUAUCAUCUUAAAAUCUGAGUCUAUAGGGAUAGGAAUAUAGAGUAUUGAAUUGAUUGAAGUAAAACAUGCAAUAAAGAACGGAUAAAGUAAUAUUGAAGAAUAAGAGAGGUUGUGGUUGUAGGAAGUCAGUUUAGCUUCGUCUCUCAUUCAUUGGACUUUUAUGAACUCGGCUCGAACACUGUUUUCAAGUAGUCACUCCUAGGAUUGGUCAUUUGGUCAAGGAUUGUGAAUUAAAAAUGCCAAGAUUUAUUUCCAUUCAUUUAUUAAUCAGAACUUUUCCAUUGUUUCAAUACAUUACUGUAUUUAAAUUUGGAACAUUCUUAAAAGCGAUUUCGAUGCCAUUUUGGUAAGAAAAGGGUACAGGGUUAUUUCUCAAAACCUAAACGUCUAAACAAUAACACAUUUUAAUUCCACAAUGUUCUCCAGAAGGUAGAAUAUAAAAAUACAGUGGUUGAUUGGUCUUCUCGUGUACCUGGUCUGUGACGGUACCAUUAGUAUUGUUUUAUACAUAGAUGUACAGUACAAUUUUUUCAUAAAUACUAUCUUUUAUUAAUAUCGUGUAAGUUCCAUUA